UUCCGUAAUGGCGAUCUGUACACCAGGCAGUCAGUCUGAGGAGAAAGAAACAAGCAGAAAGCCGAAAGACACGAAGUUUAAACAACAGAAGUUACCAGCAUGGCAGCCCAUCCUGACAGCUGGAACAGUCCUGCCUGCCUUCUUUGCCAUUGGGAUUGCAUUUAUUCCUCUUGGAAUAGCACUCCUGGUAACUUCAAAUGGAGUUAUGGAGAAGGUGAUGGACUACACAUUUUGUUAUGACAAAUAUGACAACACUACAACCUGUGCAUCAAAGCUGGAAUCUCUGGGAACCAAUGUAUCAGGACAUGUUUGUUACUGUGAAGUCACCUUUACACUUGAUGAAGAUUUUCCAAAAGAUGUAUACAUGUACUAUGGAUUAUCCAACUAUUACCAAAACCAUAGACGUUACGUAAGGUCACGCGAUGACAACCAAAUACACGGGGAUGCAGUAACAGCAAGUUCUCUGAACUCGGACUGUGAACCUUAUAGAACUAAGUCCAUCAGCUCCAGCGAGACAUUACCCAUAGCACCCUGUGGAGCUAUUGCUAACAGCCUCUUUAAUGACUCCAUCAGCAUAAAUUACAAUAAUAAUGAAAAUAUAAGCCUAAUAGCAACAGGAAUUGCCUGGUUCUCAGACAAACAGGAUAAAUUUAACAACCCUGCAAGCUGGGCUGGGUUUACUAAUCCACCAAACUGGAAUGAUAAGUAUGUCUACAACUUGAGCACUGAGGCCAACAACAAUGGCUACAUCAACGAAGAUCUAAUUGUGUGGAUGAGAACAGCUGCUCUUCCGAACUUCCGCAAACUCUACCGAAAAAUCAACCAUGAUGGAACAUUUAAAACUGGUCUACCAAAAGGAAGCUACAAACUUCAAAUAGAAUAUGCUUAUCCAGUGACCUCCUUUGAUGGGAAAAAAUCCAUCAUCUUAACAAACACCUCCUGGCUUGGAGGGAAGAAUCCCUUCCUUGGAAUAGCCUACAUUGUGACAGGAUGUCUGUGUGUACUUCUGGGUGUCAUUUUUCUCAUCAUUCACAUUAAAUAUGGCAAAAAAUUUGAUGAUGAUGAAGCAGUAAUUGGUAUUAAAAACUUCUAGCUUCUGAUAUGAUCAACGUGACUGCCAAAACUCCAUUCUGAGAGUCAGGGAAAGUGAAACUAGAGACUUUGCCAUUACUGUAGCAGGACAGGACAAAACUUAUACCAGUUUUUUUCUCAGCAAGGAAAAAAUGCAUUUAAAAUCAUAUCACUAAUGAACCUGCUGAAAUCUAAGAAGUGAUAUGAUGGAUGAGAAUUGAACAAUUGCAAAGUUUCAGGGACUAUGAAUGUUAAAUAUUUUUAUUCUAUGAUCAUAGAAGUGCUCUCUUGAAAACUCUUAAGUAUAUAUCAGGUUGCAGGAAAGUGUUGAUUUAAUUAAUUUUUAAAAGAGUGAAUGUGAAUUUUUUUGUCUUUGUUUAGUUUACUAAAAUCAUGUUAUUGUGUAAAUUAUCCUUACAUAUAUAGGAAACGAAUGUUUUAAAGCAAGAUUUUUAUUGCAAUGCACAUACAGUUAAACCUCAUUAUCUCAAACUUGAUGGGAUUGAGAAAAAAACUUUUUAAGAUAUCCAAAGAUUUGAGAUAUAGAGGUAAAAUACUUAAAGAAUAAGUGAUUGGGACUUCCAAAUCAAAUAGACAUUUUCCAUGUCAUUGGAGAUAGCGGUGUUCGAGAUAUGGAAGUUCAACUGUAUAUGUAUUACAUCACAGUAUCAAUCAAUCUGAGAAGCAGGUGCAACUGUUUGAAUUUCUGUUUUAAUGUUCAGUUGUCUUAUUAUAUUUGUAUGAUUACAUUUGCUCUGAUUCCUACACCUUUCUUAUUCUUGUGUAAUGUGACUAAUGUCUGACUCUGUUUUUUCUAGUCAUACAUCUGUACAUAAUACUGUUUUACCUUUUAGUAUCAAGUAUCUAUGAAACAUACUUGUAGUACACUGUAGUACUAAGAAUUUUACUACUCAAUUUCAUGUUUGAAUAUAGUGCAUGUAUCACUUUACAAUUUAUGGAUAUUGAAUGUUUUUUAUAAAAUAAAAAGUUAAAAUUGUUAAUUCAAAAAGAUACUGACAUUAAAAGAAUAGUGAGAAAUCUUAAGACAUGGUAGUAGUCAACAUAGCCAUAUGGUUUUAAAUUUUGACCCAAGUUCAGAAAGAAGAUACAGUUACUAUUAAUAGAAGCAAUGUAAAAUUCAUAAUAUUCUCAUCAAUCCUGAAGCUGUCUUAGAAUUUUUUUUAGAAAUAUAAGUUGCAUGUGAAAUGUUUUUUUUUUUUGUUUUUGACUGAAAUCCAUUGUCUGUAGUUAUUUUGAGAAAGAAAUUUCAAGCUUUUCAAAAGCAUCUGUACACCAUUGAUUUUAUGUAUGUUUAUUUGUAGUGGCAAGUAUGAGGUACUAGUAUACCAGCAAAAAGCUAGAACUUAUUUGAAUAUUUUAUGUUUUUAAAUGUAAGCAUUCCAGAUUAGAUUAAUUAUGUCCAUAUAAUUCUACACUCUGUAUUAAGGUAUCUUGAAAAUCUUUUUAGUGAAUACAUGUAUUUGAAAUGACUUGCCUGAAAAAAGGUCUUAGAACCAGAGGUCAGUUUGCUGAACAGUACAAUAUUAGAUAUGUAUACAUGAAAUUAACAAAAAUUUUGGAGAUAUAACUGACAUUUUAGUACAAUUUCAAUAUUGAAAACUUCUGAGUUACAUGUAUUGUACAUUUGGAUUGAAUUUAAAUGUAAACAUUUACCUGAAUUGUUACAAGUGCAAUGUUAAACACCUGUGUGUAUUAUAAUUGUGAUUCUUUUUAUUGAUGUGAUAGAUAGAAUAUUGUGAUUUUUAAAAAUUAUUAAAUUAUUGAUUUAAAAAGUAAAGAAUGAUAAUACUGACAAAGGUUUCUUCCAUACCUAUAUAUCUUAUAACCAUAUGAGUAUUUUGCUGUGUUUGAAAUCUUGGUGUGAAGGAAAGUCUGUUGAUAGUUCUCAAGAGCCUGGUUGUCAAGUUUUAGAACUCGCUAAAAAUGUUGAACAAGUGAGUCAGGUAUUGCAAGCAUAUUUUUAGAGAUAAGCCAAUAUCGUAUUGUUGGAGAGACAGAUAGAAGUAAUGCUAGAGUAGUUCAAAGGUGUGUGGGCUUUUCACACUCAUGUAUGUGCGUAAAUAUGUAAAUACACAUGUAGUGGAUAGAGGAUUAGAACGACUUGGUUAUGUUUGUAGAUGACUUCAGUUGUUAAACAUUUGAUAGAAGUUUUGUUUUGGUGUUUCCAUGUAUUGCUGCAUUUUUUAGGCUGAUUGACAUAGACGUUCACGCACGUAGACCCAUGCAACGUAUUGUAUAGGUAAUUGCUCAAUAAUGAGAUAAUGCGAUAGGAUUGCGUUCUCAUUGAAUUUUUUUUCUGUUUAAAUAAAAUUUCUCCAUAAUCACAGCUCA